CCAGCUCGAGCUGUUCAAGUUCACCCUCUACGUCUUUGCUCCAGUCGCCACCAUGCUCCACUACGGCGACCCAGACUGGUACGAACGCUGGGUCGGUCCCCACCGCGCAGACUACCGCAAGGAGGACAUCAAGCAGGUCGAGCCUCCACGCGACACGGCAGAGCUCAAGGCCGAGCUCGCCCGCUUGAGGGACGAGCGCCUCGCGCGCAAGGCCCACAAGGACUCGGCCGCCACCAUCGCCCGCACCCCCGACGCCGGCGACGAGCGGCCCCGCAUCUGAGCCCGCUCGACGAGCACGACGACGACCAUGCCGACGAGGAGGAGGAGGAGGAGGAGG